AUGACAGGUUUGAUCAUCAAUCCCGCCUGGGCGCCUGCGGAGUCGCACACCGAUCUAGUGACAGAGCGCGCUCUGUUCAUCGGUCUUGUGCUAGCAUGGGGUACAUGGGGGAUUCUCAUUGUCGUGACCGUAUUCUGCGUCAAAGUACUCAGGCGUAACGUGCGUCGGGGGAAGACUCAACGCCGGUUCCUGAUGGGAUAUACCCUUACCAUCUUCUUACUCUCGACCACCAGUCUCUUCCUUGAGACAAAAUGGACGCAGACGUAUCUCAUCGACCAGCGCGACUACCCUGGGGGCCCCCUGGGCUACUACACAAAGUAUGACGCCAAUCCAUUCGCCUCAGGAGAUCGUAUCUGCGGUGCGAUAGUCACUUGCUUGGCAGACGGGCUUCUCAUCUACCGGGUCUGUGUGAUCUACCAACGACGCAUGUUCGUCGUCUUGCUUUCCAUCCUCGCAUUUCUGACUUCCUUAUCGAUGUCGAUUGUCGAGUUAUGCGCCAUCACAAGCCAUUCUCUCGUGCACAGCGCUCAAGGCACACGUCUCGUCUUAGUCUCCAAGUCUCUCUCAAUCGCGAUCAACAUCCUUGUGACGAUACUCAUCGUCACCCGUCUACUCGCCGCUCGACGCAAUCUUGUGAAGAACUUGAACGGGAAUGCACAGCAAUCAGGAAGGCUUUAUAUCAACGCGUCUGCCAUUCUUGUCGAGAGUGCCACUCUGUAUACGGUACCGGCUAUCCUGUUCAUCAUCGGCUUCUCUCUGCAAGAUUCAUUGUCCGUCACUGCGGACGCCCUCUUGUUCAUACAGGCGAUCGCGUCGCUACUCAUCAUCUUGCGUGUUGCAAAUGGGAGUGCAUACUCGGCAACUACUACAAACAGUAGUUCUGAUGUUUCUGGAUCCGCCGAACAUGGACGCAGCAUAACAAGCAUUCGCUUCGCUCCAAGCGUGCAAUCUACGCGGUCACCAUACAAUGGGCACUACGAGAUGCAAGAUUCGAAAGGUAUACAGCUGCCGAUGCCUGCAAUGUUUCUGGACGAUCCAAACAAGGGCGCUCAAAACUCUGCGUCAUCUAUUGAGCCUUACCCCACAUUCAGAGAGGUAUCGCGGCUGCCGAAGUGA